UAUUGCAGCGUCAGUCUAGAUGUAAUACCAGAUGAAUGCAAAAAUGUAAUACUGCCUCCAACACACUGUGAGCCAAACAGCCGUUAUCGAAGUAUUGAUGGAAGUUGCAACAAUCUUAUCAACCCACAUUGGGGAAUGUACGGUGCAUCAUUUUUGAGACACCAGAAAGCUCAUUACGCAGAUGAUGUUUCCCAAGUUCGGGAAUCCGUGCACGGAGUUCCACUUCCUAACGUUCGGCUUCUAUCAAGCAAACUUUAUUCGCGAAAGACUCUUCCAGAUGCAAAUACGACCAUGCUUUUGAUGAAUUUCGGCCUCUUACUUGACCAUGAUGUUGUUAGAUCGGGUCAAGCUGCAGAUGCUAUUUUAAGCUGCUGCAGUCCCGAAAUCCUUCAAGAUCCGGACCUUCGUCACCCUCUAUGCUUGGAAAUAGAAGUUUCAGAAUCUGACGUUUUUUAUGGCCCAUUAAAUGUAUCUUGCUUGAAUUUCAUUAGAGACAGCCCAGCAGUAGGAAUAUGCCCAGGACUCAGAGAGCAAAGAAAUCUCAUGACAUCUUUCAUUGAUGGCUCUGCAACAUAUGGGCCUACUAUUGAGGAGAGUGAUCGACUUAGAGUUUUUAGUGGCGGAAAACUUCGUACGUCUAUAAUUGGAAACACUCCAUUAUUACCUAUCAAUGAAAAUUCCGGAAAAUUCUGCUACACCAAGGAUUUCCCUUACAAAUGUUUUUCCGCUGGAGACAUCCGAGUCAAUAUGCAUCUGGAACUAACGACUAUGCAUACAAUAUGGCUUCGUGAGCACAAUCGUUUAGCUGACGAACUGCAAAGAUUGAAUCCUGCUUGGCCCGAUGAAAAAUUAUUUCAAGAGGCAAGAAGAAUUGCUGUAGCGGAAUUUCAACUGAUUGCUUAUAGAGAGUUUUUGCCAACAAUACUUGGAAAUAGUAAGAUGGAGGAAUAUGAUUUACGUAUAAAAGAAAAUGAACCUUAUGAUGGAUAUGACGAAACUAUUGACGCAGGUAUAUAUAACGUAUUCUCAUCAGCUGCUUUCAGAUUCGGGCAUACCCUCGUUCAGGGUAUCCUGGAGCUCAGAGGUCCAGGCUAUGAACUGCGAAGUAAAAUUCCUCUACACAAAACUUAUAUGAAUCCAAGCAUUCUUUACAAAGGUGGAAUAGAUGACGUUAUACGGGGUAUGGCGUCGCAAAGAACACAUCAAGUACAACCUUACACUACAACAGAAGUACGCGGCAGAUUGUUACAGCUUUAUUAUGAGGAUCAUGGUUAUGAUUUAACUGCAAUAUCAAUUCAGAGAGGAAGGGAUCACGGUUUACCUUCUUAUACAAGAUGGCGUCAAUUUUGCGGUUUAUCAGAAGUAAACACAUGGGAAGAUCUUUACGAAAUUAUGGACAAGAAUCGGGUUGACGAACUGAGAGAAAUGUACAUGUCUGUUGAUGACAUCGAUAUUAUACCUGGAGCAUUAGGCGAAUAUCAUGAGAAGGGAUCGUUACUUGGACCUACCUAUCUUUGUCUCAUUAGCAAGCAGUUUCAAAACCUUCGAAAAGGCGACCGCUUCUGGUUUGAAAAUCAGAAUCAAGCUGGAUCAUUUACAGAAGAACAACUGAAGGAAAUUUAUAAAAGCAGUUUUGCUAGAGUGCUUUGUGAUACAUCAGAUGCACUGAUGACAAUACAAAAGUUUCCAUUCCUGUUGCCUUCCGAUGAAAACCCCAUCAUAAAGUGUAAAGACUUACCUUCAAUGAAUAUGUUCUUGUGGAAAGAGAUGUUACAGGAUGCGGAGAAAUUCGCUAAAGAAAAUUCGGAAGCUAAGCAGCAGAAAUAUGUUCAUCAUCAUAAUUUGAGGUCUAAGGAAAGGGAAUUCGAGAUAGGAGAUGAGCAAAAAAUGGAUUCUGCAAACGAGGGAAGUCCUCUUUUACAUACAGGAGGCCCUAUACCCAAGAAGAGAAUUCUAAGGAAUAUCUGCCUAAAAAUUCCAGCAGAGAUAACAAUAACAGGAGUCAUAGUAGGAUUGUUUCUUUCGGUUGUAGCUUUACUGAUUUUGUUAGAAAAUUUUCACUCUUCUUCUGACAAGGAAUUUGUCCUUGAUAAAGUGGACGACGGCUUACUUGGUUCGCCAUUUAAGUACAAUAAAAAGGCAUUAGAUAACACAUGGCAAGAUAAGAAAAAUUCUGCGAAAUCUGGAAAAUACUCAGGCAACAAGAAAUGGGAUAAUGUUGAAAAAGGCUGGAAAAAAAUUUCAGAAACAGGUUGGCGUACCACAGACGAUAUGAAUGCAUUCGAUACAGCUCGGAAAGAUGGACAAAAUCUUCUCAGGUCUCAAAUGGACUCUGGUAAUAUGAAAUGGAAGAAAAUUGAUCGUGGAUGGAAAAAACUUUCAAAUCGAAGUGUAGCUGCUCCUUCCAGUUGUCCAUUUAAGAACGUACACAGUAAUCCUCUCUUAGGAGCACCUGUGCCUCAAUCUAAAAUAAGCUGCGCACUCCUUGCUGAGAAAGCGCGGCUGUCUCUUGGAAAAUGCAUAGACCUAUCAUUCUUACCGAAGCGGUGCAAACCAACGUGGAGGCAGAAAUGUUUCACCACAUAUAAGUAUCGAAAGAUUGAUGGAUCCUGUAAUAACCUAAUACAUCCUACUUCGGGAAAAAGUGGAACACCGUAUGUAAGAAUGGUUGCUCCAGAUUACGGCGAUGGAGCGUCAUCCAUUCGAACUUCUUCCAGUGGAGGUGAACUUCCUAAUGCAAGAUUUUUGAGUCAGAAAUUAUACUCAGAAAAAAUGAAACCUGAUAGUGAGGCUACGAUUCUGUUUCUGAAUUUUGGAUUACUUAUAGAUCACGAUAUGGUACAGACAGCAAUUGAUACAAAUGGCAUUCCCUGCUGUGAUCUGGAGAUUCAAAAAUCAUCUGAGAGCCUUCCAAAGGAGUGUCUUCAAAUAGAUGUACCUGAUAAUGAUCCCUUUUAUGGUCCAAGAAAUGUUAAAUGUCUAAAUUUGGUGAGGUCAAUUCCUGUUCAUGGGCAAUGCAUUGGAAGAAGAGAGCAGCUAAAUAAAGCUACUUCAUUUUUAGACGGCUCAGCUAUUUAUGGAUCUACAGUACAACAAACGAAAGUACUGCGAUCAUUUAGCAGAGGUCAACUUCGGACACAACUUAUCAACAAUACUCCGUACAUGACAUUUUCUGAAGGAGAUGGCUACAGCUGCGGCACCCCGACAGAGCCUUUGAAAUGCUUUGCAGCAGGUGACCCACGCGUGAACAUGCUUGUAGAGUUAACAGUCAUGCACACUCUGUGGUACAGGGAGCAUAACAGGCUAGCGGAUGAGCUGAAUAAAAUCAAUCCCCAUCUGACUGAUGAAAUGUUAUUUCAAGAAGCUCGUAAAAUCUUAAUCGCAGAAUUACAGCAUAUAACUUACAAUGAAUUUCUGCCUCUAUUAUUAGGGGAAGAUGCCAUGAACGAAUACGAGUUGAAAAUUGAUAAUACCAUGGAGUACGAAGACUAUGAUGACACUGUUGAUCCCAGCGUCUUCAACGUUUUUGGUUCUGCAGCUUUCAGAUUUGGUCACAGUCUUGCUCAGGGAACACUGGACCUUAUUGGACCGGAUAAUAAAACAGAAGGAAAUGUUUUGCUGCAUGAAACAUUUUUCAAUCCCCAGUUGCUCUACCACAAUGGUCUUGAUUUACUACUCAGAGGGGCAGCUUUUCAAAGAGCACAUUCAGUGGACAGUUACAUCACAAAUGAAGUUCGCGAGCAUCUUUUUCAACCAGCUGAUCGGGAUUAUGGACAUGAUUUAGCUGCUGUUGGAAUACAGAGAGGAAGAGAUCAUGGAUUACCAUCCUAUCCCAAAUGGAGAGAAGUUUGUGGACUGAGUGAAAUAAAAACUUGGGAUGAUCUUCUUUCCGCGAUGGAUUUAGAACAUGCUGAGAAAUUAAAGGAUGCUUAUGAGUCAGUGGACGAUAUAGAUUUGAUACCCGGAGCUUUGUCUGAAAAUCAUGUAGAGGGAUCGCUUCUCGGACCAACUUAUUUAUGUAUCAUUGGAAGACAAUUUAAGAAGACAAGAAAAGGCGAUAGAUUCUGGUUUGAAAGACAGAAAGAACUCACUUCUUUUACGGAAGGGCAACUGAAAGAAAUAUACAAAUCCAACAUGGCAAGGAUAAUUUGUGAUAAUUCGGACAGCAUUGAUAUGAUACAAAAGCAUCCUUUCAGAAUUCCAUCUGUAGAAAAUCCUGUGAGAAACUGUGAUGAAUUUGCAAAGCUGGAUUUGUCUCAGUGGCAAAUAACAAAGUGAAUGAAUGAGCUUUAUGUAAUAUUUUUACAAGAGUUUAUGAAGCAAUGAUAAGAAGAGAGACAAACUGCUUAGUGCAAUGUGUUAUAUAUGGAGUUUAACCAAGAAGGAUUUCAAAAGAAUUAUAGAAAACAUAACGUUUAUAUUCAUAAAAUACUGUGGUUAACUGGUUAGAAACAUUUUGCAUCCGAUGAGAAAUGUUUUCAUAAGCAAUUUAAUGAAAAUGUACGUUAUAUUGAAUUCUGAUGAUAUAAUAUAUAAAGUUUACAAAUAAAUGAUGUUUUAGAACUAAAUCCAGCAAGAAUAAGAAUUUUUAUGUUUACUUUAUCAGCAGCCUCUAUAGAUUUAUGUCUCCAAAUGUUAAAGGGCACAUCCGAAAAAAUGUGAUUCUUAAAUUUUUGUAAUUUAGUGAUUAAAUAAGCAGCAAUCUGUAGAUUUAAGCUCAAAUAAUCACAGAAUAUUUUCAUAUAUGCUAAAAUAUGACAUUUCAGAAUUUAUAAUAAAACAUAUGAAUAAUUCAUUGUUUAAUUAUCAGAUGUUUCCUAAUAAAUAAAUCAGGAAUUCUAAACCUCGGACUUAGGAAUUCUAAACUUCGGUAGAAAAAAAAAAAAUAUGUUACCUAACUACUGGAACCAGAAACUAUGAGAGAUUAUGUAAUUUGCAAUCUUUUAAUUUAGAUCUGUGCCUAUUAUUCAAAUAAUUGUGAUAAAUAGCUACAUUUUCCCUUGAAUAUUUGAAAAACUAGGAUAAUUGUAUAUUAAAAAAGCUAUUAAGUUUUGAAUGACUAUUUGAAGUAUUCAUAGAAAGUCCAUCUACUGAAAUUUAGAACAUUUUCCACUUGUUUAACUUUUAUGCCACUCUAACAUAUUAUUAAAUUACAUUCCAAUAAGAUGUUUCGUAUCCAUUAACGAUUAAUUUGAUUUUGUGAAGCAUUUUUAAAUAUUAAAUUAACAGUACUUUAGAUUUUACAGAACACCUACUACAAACGUAAAACUACCUUUUAUAUAUACAGUAGACGCUAUAUCUGUCUGACUCCCUUUUAACUCUCGUUGCAAAUGAAGAAAAGCGUUUUUAAAAUGCUAUAGACACAGUGUGUCCUAAUAUCAGGAAAAUAUUUUAAAAUUUGACUCCGUGAAACAAAAUUAGUUAUAUCCUUCCGAGAUCUUCGUUACUGAAUUAUACAAUGUGUUGCUGCAUUUUUAAACUGGCUCUUGCUCGCUAUUGAAGUGCAUUAGUAUUCAAAUUUUAUGCAUGUGCUUUGACAUUAUAAAACUCUAUAUAUUUACUUAGUUGUGUUCUGUAGCAUUUAGUGCUUAUUUGUUCAUUUGUCAUUAAACGAAUUGAUUGUUUUAUGCUUUACUGUACAGUAAUUUUAAAUUGUUUAUCUCGAAGAAGGGAUAAAUAAAAAACUAUUUUCAAAUUUA